AUGCCACCAAGUCAAAUUACAGGAGACUGUUUGAUUGAUAUUUCUAUUGGCUGUAACAUUCACCAUCUAUUGCCCAUGUUUGAGUUUUUCAAAGAUAUCAUUAUUUUAGAAUCUAGUGAUCUCUGUGUGAAGGAACUAGUGAAAUGGAAGCAUAGGGAGUCAGAAAGCUAUGACUGGACUCAUGCCGUAUCGAUUAUGGCAGAAUUGGAAGGUACAAGCUUCAACAGCACUGAAAUGGAAAACGCUUUAAGAAGAAAUAUCUCACACAUUUUAAAAUGUGAUUUCACCAAGGAAAACAUUACAGAUCCAGUUGUUCUACCAAAAGCAGACUGCGUGGUCAGUGUGGUCAUUUUCCAUGCGGUUUCUAAAGAUCUAGACGAAUACUGUAGGAACCUGAAAAAAGUGUCAUGCAUGCUAAAAUUGGGUGGACAUCUACUGCUAUUUGGAUUAGUUAAGGCAAAAUAUUACACCGUAGGUGAGAGUAAAUUUCACUUUUUAACAACUGAUAAAAUGUCUAUAGAAGACACUGUGAGAAAUGCAGGAUUUGUUAUCGAGCAUGUGGAAGUGAAAGAAAGUGAAAUGUGCAAUGAUACAACAUAUUCUGAACGUGUAUGUUUUAUUAAGGCCUUAAAAAAGAGCCAUGUGUUUGUUUAA